CACACCUACUCCUUGCACCUGGAGCCCGACCUAUCGGCUCGCGUCUCCGCCUCCUUGGCUUCACAAUCUCGCGGCUUGUCCCAGCCGUCCCGGACCCAGUACUCGUCUGCGAGCGGACCACGCCGUCCUUGCUGGGCUCUGGAAGGCGCCCCGGAAGCCAUGGAGGUGCUGGUCCUGGCCGGAUACCGCGCGCAGAAGGACGAUGAGUUGAGCCUGGCGCCCGGGGACGUGGUCCGGCAGGUGUGCAAGGGCCCGGCACGGGGCUGGCUGCGUGGAGAGCUGGGGGACCAUUGUGGCCUCUUCCCCGAGUGCCUGGUGCAGGAAAUCCCAGAGACUCUGCGUUGUUCCGGGGAGGUGCCGAGACCACGCUGUGCCCGCCGCCGAGGUCACCCCACCAAAUUUCCAGGCCCCCCAAGAUGGUGCAAAGUGAGUUUCAACUACAGCCCGGAGCAGGCGGACGAGCUGAAGCUGCAAACUGGGGAGAUUGUGGAAGUCAUAAAGGAGAUUGAGGACGGCUGGUGGCUGGGGAAGAAGAACGGGCAGCUGGGAGCCUUCCCAUCCAACUUUGUGGAGUUGCUGGACAGUGGGCCCCCAAGCCUUGUUAACCCAGACAUGCCUUCAAUCAGCCUUGGCCCCCAACGGCCUCCCAAGUUGAGCAGCUUGACCUAUGACAGCCCUCCAGACUACCUGCGGACAGUCUCCCAUCCUGAGACUUACAGGGUCCUGUUUGACUACCAUCCCGAGGCCCCAGAUGAGUUGGCACUGCGGAGGGGGGACGAGGUGAAAGUACUGAGGAAGACCACAGAGGAUAAGGGCUGGUGGGAAGGAGAGUCUCAAGGCAGAAGAGGACUCUUUCCAGAUAACUUUGUGCUCCCACCACCCCCAAUUAAGAAGCUGGCCCCACGGAAAGUGGUAUCCCGGGAAUCAGCUCCUAUUAAGGAACCCAAAAAGGUGAUUCCCACAACAGCCAUCCCUCCAGUCAAGAAGCUAGCGACAAGCUUCGCUGGGCCCAGCAAAGCCAAGCCAUCUCGGACAUCCAGCAGAGACAGCCAGAAGCGCCCCUCCCCAACCUCCAGCUCCAGAAGCAGCUUCCUGAGUAAGUGUCCAAGCCUCCCUGGCAGAAAGCGAUCCAAAACCCAGGCUUCCCAGCAGCGCUCUGCAGCCAGUCAGAAGGAAGAGCAGAUCAGCCUUGCAAAGGCUCCUCAUGUGAAUAAAACCCCAACACCAAAGAAGGCCCUCAGCCCAGAGAAGACUCCAUCUCCAGAUAAGGCCCUCAGCCCAGAGAAGACCCUGUCUCUGGAUAAGGUCCCCACUCCAGAGGAAACCUUAACUCCAGAUAAGUUCCCUACCCUAGAGGAGACCCCAACUCUGGAGGAAAAGGCCCCCACUCCAGAGGAAACCUUAACUCUAGAUAAGUUCCCUACCCUAGAGGAGACCCCAACUCUGGAGGACAAGGCCCCCAGCCCAGACAGGGUCUUUUCUGUGCAUGAGGCCCAGGUCCCAGAAGUCCCAUCGGAAGAUGAAGCCCCUGGUCCAAAGAUGGCCCCUCCUGGGGAUGAAGCCCCCACCCUAGGAAAGGUCUUGACCCCGAUGCAGGCGUCCUCUGAAGAGGCUUCCACUCGAGACAACUCUCAGUUUCAACACUUCUCUCUGGAGGAAGCCCUGACAAAUGCCAGGUCUCUUGAGGCCAGUGAGGCUCAAUCCCUAGAGGAGGUCCACAUGCCAGAGGAGCACCCCCUCUCUGGAGUGAAGCAUCCCCUGGAUAAGGAGGAGAGUUCCCCUCUCCAGUCCGAAUCCCAGUCCAAGCAAGGAUCCAUGGCAGCCCUUGAGAAGGCCCACAUCCGGGAAGAGGCUACCACCUUCCUGGAGGAGCCAUCGGCAAAGUAUGAGGCUGCUCCCCAAAAGGAGGAAACUCUCAAAGAAGAGAGAUCCCCUGAAGAGGUAACCCCGGCUGACCAGACCCCACAAGCCAUCACGCCCCAAGUGACUCCCACCCUCCACGCCUGGGUCCUGCAAAAUCUCACAGACAGUAAACGUGACAGAGACGACGUGAUGAGGCUAAAGGACGAGGUGGAGGCUUUAAGGAGGUCGCUGGAGCAGAUGGGACUGCAGCUGGAAAAGAAGCUGACCGACAUCUGGAAGGAGCUGAAGAGCGAGAGGGAAAAGCGCCAGUUGCUGGAGGUGCAGAUGAAGCGGAGGACCCAGGAGUCCCGGACUCGGGGCUCCCUCCACGCGCAGACGCAGACGCAGACGCAUUGAGGGUGGACCCGGGAGAGACUACAGCGGGACCUGGAGCGAAGUCUGGCUCCGGCCACCCACGUCCUUCCACAUGACUUUGGGAAACGCAAGAAAAUAAACUGCCCUGUGUGCGCGCA